GCUUCAACGUUCUUAGACAUUCAUAACCAUGGACAAGAAAGCGUCCAACCCAGAGGAAAAUCAUCCCGACAAAACCUCAUCCCCUGAGCCUGAGGUCAAGGCGACCGUGGCCCUCCAAGCGCAACCUCCAACAACCACUGCAGCUACCUCAACAGCACCCUCCUACUCCCCCAUCUACGCCACCGCGCAACCCGCCGCUAUACCCUCUCUUCCUAUACAGACCCCAGCGCCAGCACCAGCACCAGCAGCAGCCUUCACCCCAACACCAACAAUGGAGAACACCACCAGCACCUCACCACCCCCACCACAGCCGGGAGCUCAGCCCGUCCCGGGGCCAGCUCCAACCUCUACCGCUACAACGACAUCACCAACCCAAAUGAAUCAAAUCACCACCCCACCACCACCCCCAAAAGCAGGCGAUACGCCCAGCACAACAACAGCAGCAGCAGCAGCAGCAGCAGUACCAGCACCCACAACCCCAUCCCACCUCCAACAAACACAGUCACAACCCCAACAACCACAGGCACCCCCCAGCUACAGCUACAACUACACCACCUACCCGCAAUCGCAAAUCCAAAAUGAAUCCCCAGUCCCAAACGCAACAACAACCCCCUACCAAACCCUCUACCCAACGCCCUACCAACCCCCGACCAUCGCCCCCACAACCUCAACCACAAACACGAAUACAACCUCAACCUCGCAGCUCCCCCUGCAGUACGACCCCGGCGUCUCAGGCCGAGUCGACCUCGACGGCGAGGGCGAGGGCGAGGGGAUCCUCGCGAACGCGAAGUCGUGGCUCCGGAGCGCGGGGACGAAGUUGGCGGAGGUGGAGGCCGAGGUUUGGAAGCGGAUUAAUGAUGCUCAUGAUACUUGAUCUUCUCUUCCCUGUUUGGGUUCGGUUGGUGAUAGUUAGUGAGUGAGUGAGUGAGUGAGUAAGUGGGUGUUUGGGUUUGGGUUUGGGGUUCUGGGCGAUAUUGGGGCUGGGAUUGGGUGUUUGGGUUCUGGUAAUGGGCUGGGAUUGGGGUUUGGUUGCUUUUACUUGGGUUGUCUUGAGGCUCUGGGUGGGUUCUUCGGUGUUGCAUGUCAAUGGGGUGGCGGUUGGAUGGGUUGCGUGGGAGCUGGCUGAUGGGAGUAUUGCUUAUUGUGUAUAUGGUGGUGUUCGGGUUGCGGUAGGUUGAUUAUAUUGUGUUAUGCAGAUUAAAGAUAUUAUUCUGAGUUGACGGUUAUGUUUAUCUCUGUGAUUGUGCUUGGAUAUAUAUCGAAAUCUGGGAUACCUCCUGAUGCCAGGAAGC